AUGGUCCUCUCAUUUAUCAUCGUGCAGAAUCGCCAGGGCAAAACGCGCCUGGCGAAGUGGUAUGCGCCAUACAGUGAUGAGGAGAAGGUGAAGCUAAAGGGCGAGGUACAUCGUCUUGUCGCGCCGAGAGAUCAGAAAUACCAGUCGAAUUUCGUCGAGUUCCGCCGCAGCACCAAGAUUGUUUACCGGCGAUAUGCGGGGUUGUUCUUUUGCGUUUGCGUCGAUGCCAAUGACAAUGAACUGGCGUACCUGGAAGCAAUUCAUUUCUUUGUCGAGGUGCUGGAUCAAUUCUUUGGCAAUGUUUGCGAGCUGGAUCUAGUCUUCAACUUCUACAAGGUCUACGCAAUUCUGGACGAGGUCUUUCUCGCGGGCGAGAUCCAAGAGACCAGUAAGCAAGUAGUGCUUACGCGACUGGAGCAUUUGGAUAAAUUGGAGUGA